AUGCAUGUUUACCAAUUCCCACCCGAUGAUGUGAUCAUUCAUGUUUACCAAGUGCCACCCAAUGAUGUGAUCAUGCACGUUUACCAAGCCCCACGCGAUGAUGUGAUCAUGCACGUUUACCAAGUGCCUCCCAAUAAUGUCAUCAUGCACGUUUACCAAGCCCCACCCGAUGAUGUGAUCAUUCAUGUUUACCAAGUUCCACCCGAUGAUGUGAUCAUGCACGUUUACCAAGUGCAACCCAAUGAUGUGAUCAUGCACGUUUACUAUGCCCCACCCGAUGAUGUGAUCAUGCAUGUUUACCAAGUUCCACCCAAUGAUGUGAUCAUUCAUGUUUACCAAGUUCCACCCGAUGAUGUGAUCAUGCAUGCUUACCAGGCCCCACCCGAUGAUAUGAUCAUGCACGUUUACCAAGUUGCACCCAAUGAUGUGAUCAUGCACGUUUACCAAGCCCCAGACAAUGAUGUGAUCAUGCACGUUUACCAAGCCCCACCCGAUGAUGUGAUCAUGCACGUUUACCAAGUGCAACCCAAUAAUGUCAUCAUGCACGUUUACCAAGCCCCACCCGAUGAUGUGAUCAUUCAUGUUUACCAAGUUCCACCCGAUGAUGUGAUCAUUCAUGUUUACCAAGUUCCACCGAUGAUGUGA